AUGUCCUUGGCAGAGAGAGAUUCCAUGGACCUUGUAAAGAGACAUCCAUCUGGUCAGUGUUGCGAAGAUGGUGAAAAGUCGAAUGUUGGUAUGACCACAUGUCAAGUGGACGAGGGACAGCUGCUGCGCAAAUCCUUCUCGCUAUGGUCUGUGCUGGGCGUCGGGUUCGGCCUGACGAACUCGUGGUUCGGCAUCUCGGUGUCGAUGAUAACGGGUAUCGGGUCCGGGGGGCCGAUGAUGAUCGUGUACGGGAUUGUGAUAAUCGCACUUGUGUCAGUGUGCGUGGGAGUGUCGCUGGCGGAGCUGUCGUCGGCCUAUCCGCACGCAGGUGGGCAGUUCUGGUGGUCCCUGAAACUGGCGCCGCCCAAGCAUCGGCGGCUGGCGGCGUACCUGUGUGGGUCGCUGGCGUGGGCGGGCUCGGUGUUCACAAGUGCGUCGACCACUCUGUCCGCAGCGACGGAGCUGGUGGGGAUGUACGCACUCGUACGCCCGGAGUUCGUGGUCCGGAAGUGGCACGUCUUUGUCUGCUACCAGAUACUUCACUGCUUUCUAAUGCUGUUCAAUUGCUACGGCCGGUCGCUGCCAUUGGUGUCCUCGAGCGCCCUGUAUGUGUCGCUGUUCUCCUUUGUUACCAUCACUAUCACGGUGGUCGCAUGCUCGCGGGGCCAUUUCAACGACCCGAAGUUCGUGUUUGCGACGUUCCGGAAUGAGACCGGGUGGCAGAACAGUGCCAUUGCAUUUAUAGUGGGCCUGAUUAAUCCUGCGUGGUCCUUCUCCUGCCUUGACUGCGCCACACACAUGGCUUUUGAGGUGGAGCAGCCCGAGCGUGUCAUCCCGAUCGCCAUUCUUGGCACAGUGGCCAUUGGCUUCCUCACAUCGUUCUGCUAUGUCAUCGCCAUGUUUUUCUCCCUACGCGAUUUGAGCGAAAUCAUGACCUCUAACACUGGCGUGCCGAUCCUGGAUAUAUACUACCAGGCACUGGGUUCGCGCGCGGGCGCGCUAGUGCUGGGCAGCCUGGUCCUUCUGACGUCGGUCGGCUGCAUCAUCUCGUCGCAUACCUGGCAAGCCCGCCUGUGCUGGUCCUUCGCAAGAGACGGAGGCCUGCCAUACUCACAUCUCUGGGCUCGCGUCAAUCGCUCUGUCGGCGUCCCACUCAACGCACAUUUAAUGUCUUGCGUCUGCAUUUCUCUACUUGGCAUUCUUUACAUGGCAUCGAGUACCGCAUUCAAUUCGCUCAUCACAGGUUGCAUUGCAUUUCUACUACUAUCCUACAUUGUGCCCGUCAUCUGUCUCCUCCUGAAAAAACGGCAGAUAAAGCAUGGGCCCUUCUGGCUUGGACCAUUCGGCGCCUUCUGCAACUAUGUCUUGCUGGCGUGGACCGUCUUCGUCCUUAUCUUCUUCUCCCUCCCACCUCUCAAACCCGUCACCAAAGACAACAUGAACUACGUAUCCGUCGUGGUGGUUGGUUACAUAUUAUAUGUGCUGAUCUUCUGGAGGUUGCAGGGUCGCUGGAGUUUCCAUCUCGUUGAGGAGGAAGAGGAGUGUACUGAACUAGAAGGAGAGCCACAGAUGACCCCGGAAGGCUCAGAGGAGCGGGAAAUGAUUCCAACCACUAAAAUUUCACCCUAG